GUUCCUUGCUUCUCUUUGCUCUCCCAGCCAUCCCACUUAUUCACUUCAAAAAGAACAUUUUGACAAAAUGGAGAAUCGCCAGUUGCGUCCAGUCUACGAUGCACUUGACAUUGGCGACAUGAAGCGCGCCCUCAGCGAGUGCAACCGACUGCUCCGCAAGAACCCGAACCACCUCAGUGCCAAGGCGCUGAAAUCUUUUGCAUUGGCGAGAACAGGCGAGACCGAUGAUGCGAUGAUGCUAGGACAGCAGCUUUUGAGCUCACCCUUGGCAAUGAAGAACCCGCAUAAGGAGAUCCAGGUCUACCAGGCCGGCCUAAAGCAUGACCCUGGCAGUGAACGACUCAACCGCUGUAUCUUCAUGGCAGCUGCCCGCAACCACAUGUACCCGACCCAGUACCAGGCCGCCCUCCAGCUUAGCAAGCAGCACAAGACCGACGAAUACACCUGGUGGGUAAUUGUGGGCCUGCUCUUGCAAGCCAAAUACCCUGAAGACAAGUCGCAAGCGUCGAAUCAGCUGCAACUAACGCUGGCCGAGCGCAUGGCCGAAAAGGCGCUGGUGGAUGGCCGCUUGCAGAACACGGAGCAGCUGCGGAUUUAUCUGGAGAUUCUUGAACUGCAGGGCAAGCACGACAAGAUGCUUGAUGCACUGACUGCCUCCGGCGAUCUCUCCCGGCGUAUCGCAAAUGACGCUGAUCUGGUCACUCAGCGGAUCGAGCUUUUCCUCAAGACAAAUGACAUCAAGGGUGCCACUGCCGCCGCCGCCAGCUCGCUUCAGGACCGUGAUAACUGGAUCGACUACAAGCACUACAUCGAAGCUGCUGUGCUUGGCUUGAAGGCAGAAGAUCAGCAGCAGGCAAAGGAGCGCGCCAUCAACCUAAUUGUCGCCGAUAUCCAGCGCUGGGGCGCUGUGCGCGGUCGCAACCGUAAUGCUGCACUGGCCCGUGUCGAACUCGCCCUGCGUUUGGCAAAGGCCGGUGAAACGGCGGUCCUUGAGUCAGCCUUGGGCAGCCUAAGCACGCAAAUGUGGGCAUUUGUCAACGAAUUCCAGCACAAGGCCAUCUGCUACGCGGACAUCAUGCCCUACUUUGUUGCCCACACCAACAUGCUCAGCAGUGGUGAUGAGCGCUCGGCUACAAUCGAUGCCCACCGCGCCCUUCUAACCCCGCUGCUGGACAGCGCCAAAGAGAAUGCCGACAAGAACGACAGCCAGGCGCAGGCCUGGGUCAACUAUGAAAAGAUCAGCUAUCUCCUGCAGGCGCUGUCCCACGAGUCUAGUGCCAAGCAGUGGACCGCAACCGUCGCCGAUAUGCUCAGAUUCGGCCUUGACUCGGACGCCUCGGUUGAGGCCUGGCCCGCCUGCAGCGACAUGGUCCUUCUAUCAGCACAGCGCCUGAUCCAGUCUGCCUUUGUCGCAUUCCCCAGCGAACCUCAGAAGCGCCACCCAAUCCUGUUCAAGGCCCUGGUGCGUGCCAAGGCCAUCCAUGGCCUCCUCAACAUCAAGAACAUUCAGCAUGAUACCCUUGGGUACAUGAUCAAUGGUCACGGCAUGGCCCUUGGCUGCUUCAUGCCCGACCUUGAGUUGUGCUACGAGGGCGUCACCUUCUACGACCGCGGCCAGUCAACCAUGCCCAGGGAGUUUGAAACAAUCUACGAGAAGGGCUCGUACUCUAACCUGACCGACUUCAUCGAGUUUCAGGACAACUUGAUGAACUCGAUACAACGCGUCUGCACCCACAGACUCGCCCUGCGCGGUGAAGUCUUUGAGCACGGAGAUUUGACCGAGCUGCUGACUCUGUGGGAAGAAGCACAUAUCGAGCCAUUGGAGAAGACCCCCGAGAUGAUGGCCGCGUUGCACGAUAACCGGGAUACCCGAGUUGUUCCCCUGCUGACGCCUGUCGAUAUGUCCGAUGCCAACUUGGAGCAGUUGACGCGCCCGUUCCCUGACGACGCCGAAUUGCUUGAGAAGAAGACCGCCCAGCUCGAGGAGAUACUGGCCAGCGAUCCUCAAUCCAUGUCACCGCAGGACAUUACCCUCUGCAAUGGCGUGUGCCAGCUCGCCAGGCUCUACAUCCAUGCAUCGACAAGCAAGGACGACUUGAAUGAUCAGCUCAAUGUGGCCAUUGCCACAAUUACUGACUCGCUGCCAGAUGACAUUGACAGCAGCAGCACUACCGAGAACCUGGGCAAGCUGGCCACAACGACUCUCCGGGAUCUCGCUGCCUCUACUGAGCUGUUUAGCUAUGCACUAGUGGUCAAGCAUGCAUUAGCGUCCCACCGACACUCGGCAGCUUCGCGUGCUGUUGCCCAGGCGCUUGCUGCAGUACGCAAGUCUGCGCUGAAGCAGGUCUACGCGCUCCGCUCAUGGGUUGACAAAGAUGCCGUCGAUGCUUUCUUGGCUGAAGUCACCGACUUUUUGUGUGAGCGCCGCAAGUCUGUGGUCACCUCGACAACAAAGCAGUGUGCUAGUGGAUGGCUGCGCUCUGUCAAGAACAUGAUUGGGCAAUGGGAACGCCGGUCAUAAAUGCCGAUGCUGCCCUACCCAUAUCGAUACAAGAUGAAGAAUCGUGAUCAAUUUUGGAGUGGUACGACAACAUGAAUACGCUUGCUACCCCCCUUUGCUUAUAUUGAAUGUGACGUUAAAAUGGUG